AUGACGACACAGCCGAUAGCAGAUACUGUCGCCUUCUGGGAUCUUGACGUCGGAACCGAAAGGCAGGCAGCGCCCGUCUCUGACUCUGUCCAGCCAUUAAUCCACACGUCGGGAACCGUCGACAUUGGCAUUUUCGAUGAGCAGAAAGAUAUCAGAACGCCUGUGAAUGAGGCGGAUGCUAAACCAGGUGGAAAGUAUUACUGUUUGUUGGCUUGGCCUCCCCCCCUACCCUCCCAAAGCCCUAUUCUCCUUCUGCGCCCCCAACAAAUACGCAGGCUGACACUGACAUCUCAUGUUGUAGCCAUUGUAAAGCUCUUCAUCCGAUUUGAUGCUAGUGAGACAUGGACUACGGCAACCGCAUGGCUCUACAAGGCCGAUGUCCUGGUCACUGCUGCUCACUGCGUCUUCAGUCACGGUCAGCAAGCAACAUGCGUCAAAGCCUACAUCGGUUAUACUGCCGGUCCCGCCGGGCACCGAUUCGUGAAACGGACUGCCGUCCCGGUCCAGUGGAUGGACAGACAGACCGAGCAGCACGACAUGGCUUUCUUACAGCUCGACAGCCCGUUCCAGAACGUCGUGCCAAUUUCUUGUGACACGCCCGAGAUCAGCGCACGACAGCACCUCACCGUCGUUGGCUAUCCUGCAGAUGUGUGCGCGCGCGGCGUGCCCGGUGGUGAAAUGUAUGAGAUGAAGAUAGACAGGGAUAUUAACCUCGAACACACAAGGUGCAACAUGCUCAGGUACCAGGGCGACAUCCAAGGAGGCGAGUACAAGCCCUUUGUUUUCCCCAGGGGGGUUUGA